CAUAGCAGACUUUUUAUUUUCCUGACAUGGAUUCUUACUGUGUUCUAGGUUUUCUUCUGGUCUGUAUGUUUCUUGCAUGGCGACAUGCAGAUGCAGCCAAAGAAGGAGAAGUUAGCUUUAAUGAAAACUAUAAGGUGUUGUGGGGGUCUGAUCAUGUUCAACUUCUCAAUCAAGAAAAAGAAGUUCGUCUCACAUUGGACCCAAGUUCUGGGGCUGGAAUUGAAUCCAAGACGAUGUACGGAUCCGGGUAUUUCCAGAUGAAAAUAAAAUUACCAGAAAAGAAUUCCAUAGGAGCUGUUACCACCUUCUAUUUAAUUUCCCAUUCAAACAUCCACGAUGAGGUCGACUUCGAGUUCUUGGGCAACGAGACAACACCAUACACAUUAAGCACAAACAUCUUUAUAAAUGAUGGAGGAGGCCGUGAGCAACAGUUUCAUCUCUGGUUUGACCCAACAAAAGAUUUUCAUUCUUACAGUCUUCUCUGGAAUCAGCACCAAAUAGCACUGUUCGUGGACCAUGUUCCAAUCAGAGUUUACAAGAACAAGACAAUCCUUGGAGCAGAAUAUCCAACACAGCCAAUGUACAUAGAUGCAAGCUUAUGGCAUGGAGAUGGCUGGGCUUCUGGAGGAAAGCCGAUUGAUUGGUCUCAAGCACCCUUCAAUGCAUACUACAAAGAAUUGAGUCCCAUUCAUGCCUGCCCAUUACAGGACAACACCAACACCCAACAUUGUCAUUCGUCCAAGUUUUGGUGGAAUGGCGAGAAACAUUGGGAACUGAAUCCUCAGCAACAAUCAUCAUAUGAACAUGUCAGGAAGACAUACAUGUUCUAUGAUUAUUGCGCAAACAACCCCACGCCGCUGCCAGAAUGCUAAGGCAGUUAACUAAUAGUUCAAUUUAAAGCUUCUGUAUAUGAUUAUUUUAGUAAGGAAGUAAUAAGGCCAAUCCUGAUACUGGGAUGAAGUAUUAAUAAAUAAGCAUAGUUGAAUUGAGAUUGUUGU